AUGACUAAAGCUGUUAUAUUCACAGAUUUUGAUGGUACUGUUACUUGGCAAGAUUCCAAUGAUCAUUUAGCUGACAACUAUGGUCUAGGUAAGGAGCCAAGAUUGAAGUUAUUUGAAGGUAUUAUCGAUGGUAAGAAAACUUUCAGAGAAGCUUUUGAUAUUAUGAUUGAAUCUAUUAAGAAACCUUUACCAGAAUGUAUGAAAAUUCUAGAAGAGAGUAUUCAAUUGGAUCCAGGUUUUAAAGAUACUUUCAACUGGGCUCAAGAGAAUAAUGUUCCUAUUAUUGUUGUCUCUAGUGGUAUGAGACCAAUUAUCAAGGAUUUAUUAACAAAAUUACUUGGUGAAGAACAUAUUGAUAAACUUGAUAUAGUUGCUAAUGAUGUUAAGAUUGAUGCAGAUGGUGAAUGGCACGUAGUUUUCAGAGAUGAAUCUGGCUUUGGUCAUGACAAAUCCAGAACCAUUGACGAAUAUAAGAAGAAAUUCGAAUCUGAGUUGAAGCCAGGUGAAGAAAGAGCCACUUAUUUCUACUGUGGUGAUGGUGUUUCUGAUUUAAGUGCUGCUAAAGAGUGUGAUUUAUUAUUUGCUAAAAGAGGUAAAGAUUUAGUAACAUACUGUAAGAAACAAAACGUUCCAUUCCAUGAAUUUGAUACUUAUAGUGAUAUUUUGACAGCAAUGAAGCAAGUAUUGAAUGGUGAGAAAACUGUCAAAGAAUUAAUGGAAAAUUAA